AUGUUUGACGUCGGCUUCGAGUUUUUCUUGAAUCCCCCACCUCCUCCACCCCCUCCGCCCCGGCGCCCAUGUCCCCCUCCAUACUGGGACCUUUCUGCCGCAGGUCAGUGGACCAACCCGUAUGGGCCAGACCCACCGACAAAGGUGGAAUAUCGUCAGGCGAAGCCAGUGGUAGAAGACGUCGUCCAAAAGGCGGCCAAAGUCUCCAUGCCUCCUUCAUGGUGCGACACUACCUUGGCGGAUGCUCCCAAAGAGGCAUCCGAGAUGUCGGAGCGUGGCUCUCCCCCUCCAAAGCAAAAGGAGGAGCCAGCUUUCGCAGCUUUGGCCAACCUCCGUGUCUAUGGAGAAGUGCCUGCGACACCGGCGUCUUUCACGUUGUCCGAAUUCUACGACAGACAGGGGCCGUUGUCCCCUUCUUGGUCCCCCGCACCGGCGCAAUUCUGCUACGGUAGAGUGGCAUCCUUGUCACCGGCCUCCACGACAUGCGAUUACGGAACUUUCGAUGCUCGGCUCCCCGAGUACAACACCGAAGGCUCCGUCGCGAAGUUUCCACUUGGAACUCCCUGCACUCCCCUCAAAGCUGACGAGUGGCCUGUGCACUCCGACUCCGACUUCCGGACCACUGCCGCAGCCACGUCAGCGAAGAUUGCCUGGAGCACUGCUCAUCUCAAUGGUGCGGACUCUUCAGCAGCUGCUGUUCCCAUCAGUCAGCACCAGAACCCUGCAGCCGCUGCAAGCAGGAAGUGCUCCCACGCCGUUUGCGUGCACUGCCUUGAGAAAUUGCAGGGCCGGACCUUCCGCUGCAGCUGUGGAGAUGAGCCGAAGAUGGAGAGCACGCUCUGGCUUGGAGUAUACAACUCCGUAAUGGCUGCAUUGGACUUCAUCACCGGUGCAGAGCCUGCCGGGGCGCCCGACGGCUACACCGCGCAGCAGACGAUGAGCCAUGCGCAUUCUGUGGCUUAUCCUUUGUUGGAGCUCCCUCCGGCUAGGACGUGGGACCAGGGCAUGCGUGCAGACAGAAAGGAGAUGCUUGCCCCCACUGCGCAGCCUCCGCCACCGCACGCAUUGCCGUCGCUCCUUGGCCAUCGGCGUCGCAUCUCCCAGGGUGCAGAAGUCUUCAACACGCGCUUGCCCGGAGAAAUGCCCUGCAGCCCGAUGGCCGGAUGA